GAUACGGUUAUGUUACCACCAUAGAUCUUAAAAAAUGAACUAAUUAAUCCGAACUCAUUCUUAAUAAAGAAAAUAAAUGUUAAAUGUGGUGUGACGUUAAUGUUUAGCAUUCAUGUGCUGUGAUGUGAUUAUAUUCAUUUAAAUAUCCGUUUUUAUCAGUUUCUUAAAGUGAGAUAUAGAAUUAAGUGUGAACUAACUCAGAACUUGUAUGGUUAUGUAUUCAAAUACUCUACUGUAUUAUUUGUGAUUAUAAAGUUGAUUUGAAAUUUUAUAAAUUGGACAUGAUCGUCAAAUACUUUUAAAUAUUUCGCCAUUAAAUAAAAUGCUAAAAAAUUAAUAAAUACGAGUAAAUACGUGUGAUUUGCAUACAAGAUACUUGCGGUAAUUAAGGAAAAGUGUGUGGUAUCACUGCAAUGUGAUACCACACUAAUCGUCACCACGGAUAAUAGCAAGAAACUUGAAAAGCGACCAAAAAGAAAGAGAAUUUCCGAUAUGAGGAUCGACGUUCGCGGACUAAAGUGUGCGACCGCACUACGGGCCGUCAAAGUUGCGAUGUACGAAAGUAGUUGCUCCUACAGCGGGGCUUUAGAAUUAAAACGAAGCUCUCUUAAAGAAGAACCCUGGCCUGCCACAGAAUGGCCACCGUACCGCCUCCACCAGUCCACGUUCGAGCAAUUGAAACAGAGUGUAGAGAAAGCAAAGGCCGCGCUUCAAGACAGAUCAGGGCUUCUGGGGACGGCGACGGCGUUCGGUGACUUUUACGGGGGACAACUGGGGCAAGAUGGCACAAGCACUAUUGGCUUCGGACGGACGUCUAGGACAGAGGAGUCGAUGCUCGGAUCUGUAGAUAAGAAUAAAGGAUUAGGUACAGAAAAAUUAUCAAGCGGAUUAAGUAAGGGCUACUCUACAUCUAGUCUCAGUGACUCGUUAAGGUCAACCAAAUGUUCAGUUAUCUCGCCCCAAUGACGUCACCGUGGCAACCUGAUUAAUGACGUCACGCCCCUAGUCUGCUAUCGCAAAAACUGAUAUAUACAUAUAUUCAAGUUAUGAACAUACGUCCCUGAUAUUAAAUGGCUAUUCAGAUAACUAUUAUUUUCCAACCCCAAACGAUUUCGGUUGUGAAAAGUUUAACUCAGUUUAAUGGAAAGUGAGAAUGGACUAUAGAACUCUAUUAAAUAAUUUAGAACUGAAGGGAACUGUUAUGUUCAUGUCUAAAUUAUAUUUCAAGUUAUGUUAAUGAAAAAUAUGUAAAUGAAACUAAGUAAUGUUUCGUUUACAUAUUAUAGAGUUUAACUAACAAUUUUAAGUCAAGUGGUAUUGUGGAGUAAAAGUUCAACCAGUUCACGGUCGUUUUAACGUAUUUUUUUAAUUCUUGUGCUACUAAACUAAGUCUCAACCAAUGGAAAGCAAAGCUAGUUUGUGAAUAUAAAAACACUUGGAAGAUAGUCUAUGCGUUUUGCUUUACUUACUGCAUUUUACUGAACACUUCAAUAUAAUAUAUCAAACGAAGGGAAGAAUUUCUUCUUGAAGUAAGCCAUCAAAUCAUUAUAUCAAAUCUUAAAUUGACCUAGAAGCAAUUGUGACGAUAAUUAGUCGGUCACAAAGAUUUAAAGUGGAGUAGGCGAAGCAUGAAGUCAAAGAGAGAUGACAAUUAAAAGUUAUCGUGUACGUCAAAGGAGCGGUUAUUUCGCUCCGUGAGCCGGUAACUAUUUAAGGGUUGGAGAUCUUACAAAUAACUUUUAAUGGUUAAAAUAUUAGAAAUGAAAUAUACAGUGAGAUGAACAGAGUUUUAUUUCGUGUUAACUGGAAGAAUUCGGUGGAUAGAAUAGAAAGAAAAGAAAAAGGCAUAAUUACCAACCUUCUACAAUCUACAUAGGUUGAAUAAGACUUGUCAUUAAAUACAUGUUAUA